GGCUGAAAGGAUGAAAGGAGUACAAGCCACCACCUACAUAUCGUACUACGUGACUUUUUAUGUAUCUACCUAGGUUAGGUACUACAUAGGGUAGAGAGCAUCAGACUUCAGUUGACAGAUAAGACAACAUGUAUUUCACUUCACUGCUCUUAUAUCGCCUAAUACUCCUGUUGAUCGUGGGGAUUUAUUUACACUCUAUAAAGAGUAGUAUGAAGUAUCAUCAUAAACAAGUGAAUGCAUCCAUCUGUCGUCGGAAAUGUCUAGCAUUAGUUCUCUCUCUUUUUGUAACAAGCAGAGCCUUUGCUCGAUCCUUUGUGAAUGCCCUGUCGUUGCCAGUCCCCAAUAAUCUUGAGAGACUACUACACAAAUCGGAUCAAUGUCCAUCCCUCCCUAACGCCGCCAAUGAUGAAGCAUCUAUCCAUAAUCUCGCAGGUCUUCGUUACAAAUCACUCAUACCACCCCUGAUGACUUUGUCAGCACUGCGCACAUAUACAGAACAAGCAGUGUAACUGCUAGUUCUAGUGGUAAGCACACAAAUGCUAUAGCCAUCACCAACAGAGACCAGCGAAAUCGGGUAAUAGUGGCGUCUAGGGCCGCAUUGCGGGAAGACCUGUGCUCAAACUCGUUCCGAGGUGCUUGCUCUCUCCCCGAGCUAGAGUCUCCAUCAUAGUAGGAGCCAUCUUCAGCAUCAUCUUCAUCAUCAGACUUGGAUUGUCAACCGAAGUGGAAUCCGCCUGGGA